UUGUAUGGUUAAUGGCAACCCGAAGGUGCAAGUAGGCUAACGUAUGAGGUGCUAGGACCAAAAACUCUUAUCCUGAUAGCGAAGGAAGGUAUAAAUGGGAAGAAAUGGCCCAUGCGCCAUAUUGUCUGUGUUCUUCCACUAUGGCUACUUCGUCCAAGACGUCACUUCCCGAGGCGCUGCCUCCAAGCCCUACAACAUCACUGUAUUCCCUUUCCAAGGAUGUGGAUACGAAGAAAGAUACCCCGCUAACUGACGACUUGGUCGAUGGAGAGCCGGAGCCUUUCAAAUUUUUGAAUGUCUUCCGGCGCCGCAAGAAUGAAGAACUGGAUGCAAUAGCUACGAAACGGUCCGUCUUCGAUGAUCCGGAGUUGGCCCCUCAUUAUUGGCCCAAGAAGGAGUACGAGAACAGACAUCGGUUUGACCCUAAUGCGCGGUGGACAUACCUCGAGGAGAAGGCCCUGGUCCGGAAGAUUGAUUGGAAGGUCAUGCUUUGGGCUGCCAUCAGCUUCUCCGCCUUGAACCUGGAUCGAAAUAACCUUAGUCAAGCAAAUACCGAUAACUUUCUGCCUGACCUCGGUUUAACCACUAAUGAUUACAACUGGGGAAAUUCGAUAUUCAAGUUGGCCUUUCUCUGUGCGGAACUGCCUUCUCAACUUGUUUCAAAGCGAGUGGGACCAGAUCGUUGGAUUCCGACUCAGAUGGUUUUAUGGUCUAUCGUAACAAUUGCGCAAUUUUGGCUAAGUGGGAGGACAUCAUUUUUCCUAUGCCGGGCAUUGUUAGGAUUCAUUCAGGGCGGGUUUAUUCCGGAUCUCAUUCUCUACUUGUCAUACUUCUACACGAAAAAUGAACUUCCCUUUCGUCUGGCCCUCUUUUGGAUGUCCUCCAAUUUGUGCACCAUCGUUGCCAGUUUCAUAGCCUUUGGCGUUCUCCACAUGAGAGGUAUCCUGGGAAGAGCUGGCUGGAGAUGGUUGUUUCUUUUUGAAGGUCUGAUCACCCUGAUCAUUGGGAUAGCUACGUUCUUUAGAAUGCCGCCCUCUCCUACGCAAUCAAAGACAUGGUUCCGUCCCAAAGGAUGGUUCACCGAAAGGGAAGAGACGAUUGCUGUGACACGCAUUCUUCGGGAUGAUCCUACGAAGGGUGACAUGCAUAAUCGUGAAGGGUUAACACUCAAACGCCUCUGGAUUGCAGUUUGUGAUUAUGAUUUAUGGCCUCUAUAUUUCAUAGGCCUCAUGUUCGGUAUCCCCACUUCUCCGCCGAGCACUUAUCUUACUUUAUCUCUCCGUCAUAUUGGGUUCAACACGUUCCAGUCCAAUCUUCUUGCAAUUCCAUCGACUGUCGCGGGCAUGAUAACUAACUUCGGUAUUACACUGGUCUCCGAAACUGUCAAUGAUCGCUCGUUUGUAGCAAUGGCUGAAGACGUUUGGACCCUUCCUUUUCUGGUAGCAAUAUACUGUCUUCCGGAUUCGAGCCAAUGGCUGUACUUUGGACUGGCAUCGGGCCUGUUGUCAUAUCCCUAUACACAUCCAAUACAGGUGGGAUGGUGUUCUAGAAACUCCGGUGCAGUAGCUAGCAGGACUGUCAACGCAUCACUGUACAACAUGUUUGUUCAAGCAUCGGGCAUCAUAUCGGCGCAGAUAUACCGCACGGAUGACUCGCCGAAGUGUAGGAAUUGUUUCCAUUCUACGGUUCAGAAGCUGACGUUGACCCUAGACCGGCGGGGAAACAAAAUUUUGAUUAUUAUCUGCUGCUUCAACAUGUUAAUCAUGUAUCCGGGAACGAAAGCAUAUUACAUCUAUCGCAAUCGUCAACGGGAUAGGAUCUGGAAUGCAAUGACGCCACAGGAGAGAAAACAUUAUCUUGAAACUACCACUGAUAUAGGGAAUAGACGGCUCAAUUUUAGAUUUGCCCACUAGAAUUUGGGGCCUUUGGAGAUGCUGGGAUAAAUUCGGUAGAUGUUACGGUCACCGUGGAGCUCUCGCAGCACGAAUACAAAGCGUUUUCUUUUUGAGCCUCGCAACA